AUGGAAAGGAAACUAUUCUCAUCAUCUAAUACAUCACAAGCCCAACAGCAAAACAUGUGUGUGAAACAGAAAGACGACAAGAAGAAAUUGAAUAAAAGCUGCAGAAUUUGUAGAUAUUUUAAUAGCACAAGAAAAAAUUUAAGCACCAGCAUUUAUUCAAUUUCACGAACUGAUGACAUCACGGUUAGUCUCAAUUCACUCUCGCAGUCAGUUUGCAUGCUUCUGAAUGAUUCGUGCUGUGUUGUUCUAGUUAAUGAAUUUAUCUCCAGCCAUAUAUUGAAAAUGGAAGAAGUAACAACAGAACUUUAA